AUGGUGCAUCAAAAGCGGCCCCCCUCUCUCAAAACAGUCCUCCGCUGGAUUGAUAUUAUCAGCAAGAAGUAUGACGAGGGGGCACGAGUGCAUCUGCAACAGGCAGCACGGCUUGACCGUCGUGUCGCCGAUGUCGAGGCGAAGCUCACGGCUGCUCAUGUGAAGGUACCAGCAGCCCCGAGGCCUCCCUCACAGGAUAUCGAGUGUCCUCGAACGCUGCGCGAUGCGAGCGACUACGGCGACGCAACAAAGACCACUGCGGACAGUGCAGAGUUUGCGACCCAGUGCCUGCGGCUUGGGAUACAGCAACUGAAGAAGGAGGCAGCCGACCUGAAGGCGAAAUGGAAGGAUCAGCAAGUCUUCAUCGCACAGUCACUUGCGACCAAUGUGGCAUUUCACAGUGCGCCAUCUGCAUCCAUGCGACAAACAAAAAAGUGGGCGUGGGCGGCGACAGCAUGCUAUAAACUCUUCGCGCCGGCGCGGCUUCGCGACGCUGUACAAAAUGAGGCAAAGGCACGGCAAGCUGAGCAGUGGCUGGCAGAAGGAAUAUUUGACGCCACGCGUGCCGUGAGACUCCCUUGUUCAAAUACACGGCGUGCUGGGCUGACGGGGACGUCCGAUCCUCGACGCGUGUCACCAGAUUCCUCACGUCAGGAGCCUUCAGAGGACAUGCAACAACAUGACGGUGAGGCGUCCGCCCCGCCGGCAAGCUCGGCGUCUUCGUGUCCAUCAGAAGACAUCAACCUAAGAGGGACACUUCUAGCUAGCACGGCGUACCAUGCCGGCGACAUCCCGAUAACAUAUGGAGAGCUGGCCGUCAGGAAAAUGAGGAAAACCGCUCGACAGCUGCUACGGACAUGGACCAAUAAAGAUACGUUUGUCUACCAGCACGUCGCACAGCGCAUGCUCCGAGAGGAAAUCAGGGACCUCGAUUCCGACGAGCUAGACCGCUGGCGCCGAAGGGCUGCACGGACGUAUAGCGAGGGAUGGCGUUACAGAAUACGGAAUGCCACCGAUAUGCUCAUUGAUGCAGCCAACCUGGAAGCUCGUUUGGCAGCUGCUGGUGUAGCGAUACGAACAUCGCCAAGCACAAAUGCAGACGACACGGAGGCUCGAGGGCCGUCAACCACGGAGUUUCUGCCGGGUUCGCUCACGUUCGCGGAGCUGGCCGUAGAGAAACUGAGACACGAUGCGAGCGAAAUCCGACAUGUCUGGGGUCGUGGACGAGACACCUACGUGGCACAGCGCGUUGCGGAUCAUAUGGUGCAUCAGAAGCAUCCAGCGCCGCACCCUGCCGCUGUCCGACAGUUGACGAAAUCAGCAGUGGCCACCUACAAGCGUGAGUCACGUGGAAAGCUGCGACUAGCUCUGAAAAUGGAGACAGAAGCGGAUCAAGUAGAAAAAGAAGUCGCAGCCGCCCGUGAGCGUGCACGGUCUGAGCGACGAUCGCCAACGCAGUCCGCACUCCGUGGUCUCUCGCCGUCUUGGGCCACUAGUCUCCCAAACAGGGAUGCGCCCGACCCCCCCACGUUCUUUCUCUGCUUUUUCAACAACCAGUUCAUGCACGGCCAGUCAACGUGCACAACCGCUUCCUCCGCAUACGCAGAGCAGCGCCGAGACUCUCCGAAGGACUGCAUCUUCUGCCCUCUCGUUGUCUUAUUCCACUAA